AUGUGUUUCGGCGCUCGGAAGGACGCGGAUGUCAAGAGGAGUAGAGAGAUCGAUGCCCUCAUCCACCGCGACGAGAAGUCGAUGGCGAAGGUCGUGAAGUUGCUACUAUUGGGUGCCGGAGAAAGUGGAAAAUCAACCAUAUUGAAGCAGAUGCGAUUGAUCUACACCAAGGAUGGCUUCAGCAAAACUGAGAAGGAGGAAUGGCGAGUCAUCAUCUUCAACAACAUUCUCGACGGUCUGCGAAUGACCAUUGACGCCAUGGACGAGUUUGGACUCACAUUCGAGUACGAGAACACGACGGCACAUCUUCCUGUCAUUAUGGAAGAGAAGGAUCUCCGACCUAAUGAGCCUAUUCCAAAUGAAUACCUGCGAGCCUUCAAGGACAUGUGGAAGGACCCAGGCAUACAAAAGGCUACGGAGAGAGGCAACGAAUAUGCGCUGCACGACAACUUGAGCUAUUUCUUCCAAGAUCUUGACCGAUUAUUCAGCAAGGAAUUCGUACCCACCGACCAAGAUGUACUUCGAGCGAGACUGCGGACAACUGGUAUCACCGAGACCAUCUUCGAUCUUGGAACCCUACAAUACAGGAUGUUUGAUGUUGGUGGACAGCGAUCAGAGCGCAAGAAAUGGAUCCAUUGCUUUGAGAAUGUCAAUGCCUUGAUGUUUUUGGUCGCGAUCAGUGGAUAUGAUCAAUGUCUGGCAGAGGAUAAGGACGGGAAUCAAAUGCAGGAGGCCCUCAUGCUUUGGGAGUCAAUUGCCAAUUCUCACUGGUUCAAGAACUCAUCUCUGAUCCUGUUCCUCAACAAGAUGGAUCUAUUCAAGUCAAAGAUAGCCACAAGCCCAAUCACGAAUUUCGGCUUCUCCGAUUUUCAAGGCGAUACCCGGAAUCCUCAACAGACCAGCAAGUACUUUAUGGACAAAUUCGUUGCUCUGAACAGGACUCCCGGCCGCGAAAUCUACUCCCAUUUCACCAACGCUACCGAUACCGACCUGCUCAAAGUAACCAUGGCUUCCGUUCAGGAUAUGAUCAUCCAGAAGAAUCUCCAAAAGCUGAUUCUAUAA